GUGAAUUGAUGAUGUUAAGAUCAAACAUCUUCAAGCGGUCGCCGUGCUAAGUUUGAUUUUGUUGCUUGUCUGGCUAGCGGUGGUUUGUGGGUGUUGUACGCGAAAAUAGACUCAAAUCCAUAUUUCUUCAAGUGCACCAGUAGUAAAUUAGAAAAGCAGUCGGUGAAAAUGGCUGCAGCGUUGUCCGGCGUUUUUGAGGAUGGUCUCCGCGAGAAAAUCAAAAAUAGCAAGAUCCUAGUUGUUGGUGCUGGCGGUAUUGGUUGUGAAAUUCUGAAGAAUUUAGUUUUGUCCGGGUUUCCAUCUAUUGAGAUUAUUGACUUGGACACGAUCGAUGUCAGCAACCUGAACCGGCAGUUUCUUUUCCACAAGGAGCAUGUUGGCAAAUCGAAAGCGCAGGUGGCCAGGGAGAGUGCGCUGAGCUUCAACCCGGACGUCGACAUUAAGGCUUAUCAUGACAGCAUUACAACAACAAACUACGGCGUUAACUUCUUCGAAAAGUUUGAUUUAGUGCUAAACGCGUUGGAUAACCGCCAGGCGCGGAACCACGUCAACCGGAUGUGUCUCACAGCAGAUGUUCCCCUCAUCGAGAGCGGUACCGCAGGUUACGACGGCCAAGUCGAAUUAAUCAAACGCGGACUGACACAAUGCUACGAGUGUACACCAAAAGCCGCACAAAAGUCCUUUCCAGGAUGCACAAUCCGCAACACGCCAUCCGAGCCGAUUCAUUGCAUCGUGUGGGCAAAGCAUCUUUUCAAUCAACUGUUUGGCGAGACAAAUGAAGAUGAAGAGGUCUCACCGGACACUGCUGACCCAGAAGCCGCUGGCGAGGCAGGAUCAGACGCACUAGCCACCGAGGCAAACGAGAAAGGCAACGUUGAGCGUGUAAACACCCGCCAAUGGGCCCAUUCAUGCCAAUACAACGCCGAGAAGCUCUUCAACAAGUUCUUCCACGAUGACAUCAAAUACCUCCUGAGCAUGUCGAACUUAUGGAAGAAUCGCUUACCACCCACUCCUCUCAAGUGGAACGAGUUCAAAGAGGAUGAACAGGCCCAAGCCAAUCAGGAAUCUCUUCUCCCAGAUCAGCGGAUCUGGUCCAUUGCCGAAUGUGCGAAGGUCUUCGCCGAAAGUAUCCAGAACUUGAAGAUUGAACUGGCAAAAUUGCCGGAAAAUGAUCAUCUCGUCUGGGAUAAGGAUGACAAGUCGGCAAUGGACUUUGUCGCUUCAUGCGCUAACAUCCGCGCUCACAUAUUCAACAUAACACGAAAGUCACGUUUUGAUAUCAAGUCGAUGGCCGGCAACAUAAUCCCGGCCAUUGCGACAACCAAUGCAAUCACGGCUGGGAUAGUUGUGAUGCACGCGUUCAAAGUGCUCCAAGGACAACUGGACAAGUGCAAGUCGGUUUAUAUGCGAUUGCGACCGAAUGCAAGGAAUCAGUUAUUCGUGCCAGACAGAAAUCUCAACCCGCCGAACCCCAAAUGCUACGUCUGCUCGCCAAAGCCAGAAGUCGUAUUGAAAGUCGACACAAACAAGGUCACGGUCAAAGAGCUGCGCGACGAUAUCCUAAUCAAGGCCCUGAACAUGGUCGAUCCGGACGUAAUCCUCGAUGUGAAGGGUGUCAUCGUGAUCUCCUCCGAAGAGGGUGAAACUGAAUGCAACAACGACAAGAAACUCGCAGAAUUGCAAAUCGUAAACGGAUCAAUACUCAAAGUCGAUGACUUCUUCCAAAAAUACGAACUAAGCAUUACAGUCGUCCACUUCGACGCAGAACAUGAUCAACCACUUUUCGAAGUAGUAGCUGAUCCGGACACUCUGAAACCCGCCCAAGAAGCCGAAGAGAAUGGCAAGCCAGAGGCUGACAAAAACGGUGACGGACCUAGUGAAGCGAAACGGGCAAAACUCGAUUCAGAUUCUGCAUCAGCACAAGAACCAGCACCCACAACGUCGGGAUUGUCGUCAACCCCAGCAGGAGUGGAUGAUGAUGAUGACGACGAUAUUUGCGUGAUUGAGGAUGGUGACGUGGCGGAUAAAUCGGACGUUGACGCUGGUGCGGGCAGCAGCGGUAGUAGCCAAGCUGCAGGCAAAAGUGGAUUGAAGCGGAAGCCCACCGAUGGCGGUGAGGGCCCGUCGAGUAUUAAACGCGCUAAAGUUGAUGAUGAGGAUGAUGAUUUGAUCUUGAUUGACGAUUGAAAGUGUACAGUUUGGAACUUUUUUUUAAUAAUAUCAUAAUAAACAUAACUUUUAAGUGA